AUGUCGCACGUUGAGGACACCUCUAUACCACACGUCGACUCGGAGGGUAACGAUGAGGAACAGGUCGAUUUCUCCCAACAGUCCAAAACCAUGGCACCAUCUGUGGAGGCCCGACAAAGACGGAGAAUUGCGCAGCUGGAGGAGAAACUGCUGACUCUCGAGUCGACGCGCACGGUGAAAGAAAGGCAAGCCAACUAUUACAUGGCUCAAGGAAGGGCCAUCAGGCGCGUUGUCGCUCUAUUCGACAACGUCGAGGACCUCGUCACAGAAAAUGACCGAAGAUAUGACGAUUCGGACGGCGACCAGGAAAAUACUCUCGACCAAGAUAGGCUGCAGAUAGGGUAUCACGCACUCACAAGUACAUUACCUUGGUUCCAUAAGGAGGGUUCAGAGAUGGAGUAUGACGACUAUGCACAGCUAUUGAAAAUACUUCGGCAGGGGGCUGACAGUGCUCGAGGUGACGACACUUCGAAACUUAAGGCUCUCGUUUCCGAUUGGGUAAAUCGCGAAUUCAAGCCAGAUCCCCCGGUCGACUCCGAUGACAAGCAUUCUCGUGGAUUCACAAAUUAUGCGUGCGGCAUGCUGCUCUGCCCAGCUGAGCUUGAUUGGAAAGACCCGGUGGUAAGGGCAGGAAUACGAGACCGCUCAGAAGGUUACAUCGUGACAGAUCUUUCCUUCCCGGCCUACCUGUAUGAGGGGUAUACCGCCAACCCUGACGAUCUGGAAGAGGGCCUUUUCAAGAGCAAAAUCCUUCUUCAGAGUUACAAAGCGGUGUUCACAUCGCCUUCCUCGGCAAAGCACGUAGAAGGCGACGGUGAUGGCGCAGAUAUCAUUGAGAACAACAGGCGCGCUAGGAGGUCUUCCUCCGGCCUCAAGGUCAAGAAACACGUGGCGCAUAUUAUUAAAAUGACAAAAGUUACACCUCGCUCGAUUGCGUAUAUAGUAUGCCAAGUGCGAUUUGCACUUUCUUCUAUUACCUCUUGGCGGUCUGUUGAUGGAGACUUCGACUACGUGCAAUUCUGGCGAACAAUUGUCGAUUUUUUCGAAAAGCCCCCCGGUCGAGGAGCGCGUCUCAGGGCCGAUAAGCUCCUCGAGUGGUGGACCAGGAAGGUUUUCGGAAGAAGUCACCGUGAUGACAUUAGCAACACGGUAAAGGCCAACAUGUCUGUUAAUGCUCUCACAAGGCAGAGGGCACAGCGUGAUGAUGCGGAUUUGGAUUCACCCUAA